CUAGCCUGCUCUCGAUCUUUCUCGGUUCUGAAGCGUAUAAGGUAUCCUUGUUUGGUUGUGCCUACUCCUAGGACUUCGGUAUCUCUCGUAGCGGCCUUUCCUUGUAUAGCUUUGCUGAUCUGAGCUUUGGCCGUCUCUAUCGAUAUGUUCUGGGUGAGUCCCCUAUUAGUCCCAGAUUGGCUUGCUAGCACGGGAGGUGCGGUGAUUUUAAUGAUCCUAGGGUUAUUUCCGGACUGUGUGUUGUACGUUAGGGGGCCUAGCGCUACGGGUGGGGUCGCUGCUACGGCUGCCCAGUUGGGAUUUCCUUUGGGAACUGUUACUGGGUUCUUAUGUAUUUGGGUAAGCCUUUUUAGCUUGUUAGCUAUCUCUACUACCUGAUUUUAGAGUUGUUUAUUCUGUUUUGCUAGUUCCUUGUUUUGCUUAGCAAGCUCUUGGUAUUCGCGGUUAGCGUUGUUUCUAUCUUCUUACUGUUUUGCUAGGAUUUCUGCAAUGGCUUCGAGGACUUGGCUGUUAGAGAUUGAAUGUUCACCCUAUCCUAGAAUGGUUGGGUUUGGCUGAGAUGUUAAGGGGAUUCUGCCUUCCUGGGUUGUAGUAGCAUUCUCUUCUGAUUCUUCCCCUGUGCGAUAGGGCUCUGGUUCGGGUUAGGUAGUUAU